UUUUAUUCUUUAUAUGCUGCAUUAUAAGGAAGAAAGCUGCUAAUCAAGAGUUGAUUUCUACAACCAAGCAAGCGAGGAAUAUCAAUAUGAUCAAGAAUAGGAGUAAGAGUAAAAUAAUCGUGUUUUUUUUUAAUAAAGCGAGAGGUUUUAAACCAAUUCAUUGAAUGAAAAGUUUUAAGGCUAAAACGAUCUUGGAGGAAGUUACAAGAUGCUUGAGCCUGAGUCAGAUUAAGGUUAGGAUCAAGAAAAUUCGCCAUAAUCAUAAAAAAGCACAUAUCAUAUUGGAAAUUAAACAUAUAAUAAAAAAAAUAGAUCUAAAAAACCCUAAGAAGAAUUUAAAUAAGAGCCCAUCGUUGGAAGAAGUGAAAAGAAGGAACAAAUAAAAUAAUCAGAAACCAAAAAUUUGCCCAAACUUUAUGCCAAUAUAAUUUUAAAUCAUUUAGAAAGUCUAAGUCUGAAAAACCCAAAGCAAAGUCCUUAGAUCAAAAAGAAAAUUUCUAAAUUUGCCAAAAAGUCACCUUCUUUGAAAACUUUGAGAGAGAUGCUCCAAGAUCCUAUGAUAAAUAAAAUAUCAAUUGAGUAUCUAACUAGCUUUGAAUUCUUCGAUCAACUAUUAGGAUCGGAGAGAUUAUAAGAUGUUGGACCUCCAAUAAAAUAUUUAAAUAAAUUUUAUCAAGGAUGCUUCAAUUCAGAUUCUUUGAAUUAAUGGAAAGAAUCUUGAAAAAAUUAUAUCAAAAAG